AUGUCGACGCCGAUGCCAGUACUAGAUAACCACAACAGCAACAACUAUGAGAACAACACGAACAAUGCCCAGUCUCGACUAUUCUCUUUAAGAUGCGUCGUCCAAGACGCUCUGGCCGAUCCUGAGGUCGCAUCGAUCAAUCCAGGAGUGGCCAAGGCACUGGCAACACUCAACGACACACUCCAGCGCUUUACGGACUUCGAUUUGCAUCCAAGUAGCCAAGCCCACAGUCCUUCAGGUCACAAGGACCAUGCCACAACAGGGCCCUCUACAAGCGGGAUUCCUAUUCCUCUCGCACCUGAAAUUCCAGACGAAAGAUUACGCAAGGCAGUAUUUACACACUCUGCAUGCAGUGCUGCCCAUGACACGAAUUAUGAUCGACUGGAAGUUCUGGGCGACGCCUACAUCGAGCUCAUCGCGACGAAGCUUCUGUGGAAGAAGUUCCCUGGAAUCCCCGCCGGUCGAAUGUCGCAAAUUCGCGAGAAGCUGGUCAAAAACGAAACGCUUGCCGCAUUUUCAGAAACAUACGGCUUUGAUCGCAAAGCCUUGGUCCCCGCAAAUUAUUCAAGUCAGCCAAAGCGAUGGAUGAAAACGAAGGGCGAUAUCUUUGAAGCUUAUGUGGCUGCGGUUAUACUAUCGCAUUCCGAAGCAGACGGCUACAAGCUGGUGGAGAGGUGGUUGGCCAGUCUUUGGUUGCCGGAACUUGAUCGACUGGGCCACCAAAAGGCUACUUUACGCUCAAAGGAAAUUCUGGCCCAACAAAUCAUGGGCCGCAAUGUGAGGCUGGAAUAUCUCGAGGAGCGUCCAUCUGUACAAAAAAGGGGCUCUGGUACGCAAACCUUCUUCAUUGGAGUUUACCUCACUGGUUGGGGAUGGACCAAGCGACAUCUUGGCUCUGGACACGGACCAAGCAAAGUUGCCGCAGGGGACGAGGCUGCUCAAAAUGCUUUGUUGAACACACCGCUGAUUACAGAAAUCGCGGCGGAGAAGAAGAAGCAACAAUCGUAG